AUGCAGCACGUGGUUCAAUAUUGGUGCCCACAGUUCGAAACUUUGUCCUCCGAGGAAAUCGUCCUUCGACUUCAGUUUGGUUUCACUUCCGUGAAGCAGGAGGAGGAGUCGGACGAAGAUUCCAAUCAGCAGAUCUCAGCUGACAAGGUACGCACGUCUUCGUCGUCAAGCGCGAAGGACUUGCCUCAGAUGUUCAAAGCGCAGCAGGAACAGUCUGAAGAGCAAAGCCUUCCCGACGAAGCCGAGAGUGAGGAGCUGUCGCUACAGGCGAAAGCAGAGCUCGAAGAAGCGCAGAGAUUAUCCUACGAGGCCAAAGAGUCCGAACGCCGGAGAAGAGAAGAGGAAGACCAAGACCUCCUGAAGCAGGGGAGCAUCGAGCCGCUUGAGAAUCUAGACGAGGACCUAGUUCUUGCCAUUGCCGAGCGAAUGAUGAGCUGGUUGGAAAGUACUCAGAACCGGCAGAGUCUCUUCAAGUACCUCAGCCUCAGCGCCAAGGUGAAGGUCUGGUACAAGGAAAAGGCCCAGGCCUACUUCGAAGCGAAGCGGAGCUGCCUCGUCUCUCUGCUGGAGCUGGGCGAUGCCUCUGAGGCUGUGGCCAAGUUCCUCGAUGAGGAAACGGCCGCAGUUGAAGCUGCCGUGUUUGAGAUGCCUGCGAAGGGAAUGCACUGCCCCAAGCUCUUCGGCGUGGAGGGGGUUAGAGGCAAUGUCGACGUGGAUUGA